ACGCACCUAUCUAGUAAACUGGCACGACCAUAGCCUGUUCCACGCACCUAAUCGACUGGUCGGCUAGGCUGUCCAUUGGAUUUUAGCUCUUUUGAUCCUCUCAAGAGUGAGAAGUGAAAAGUGUGAUAAGUGAAUAAUAUCAGCCCACCAACCGAGUGUGCUCAUGGAUUUCUCUCAUUACAUGUAUAUGCGUGAAAACAUGUACGACGCUUCGUCAUGGCUUCCGGAAGACAGGCGGGGCAUGAGUGUCACUUCGGGAGUGGCCACUAUCGAGAAGGAUGACUCGAAUCUGAUUGGGAUCAGUAUUGGCGGAGGCUCCCCGCUUUGCCCGUGCUUGUACGUGGUUCAGGUGUUCGACAACACGGCCAGUUCCAGGGAGGGCACGUUGGAAUCUGGGGAUGAAAUCGUCGGCGUGAACGGUUCCAUCGUCAAGGGCAAAUCUAAGGUCGAGGUGGCCAAAAUGAUCCAAGCCAGCAAGGAUCAAGUUACGAUCCGAUACAACAAGCUCCACGCCGACCCAAAGCGCGGCAAGACACUGGAUUUGAUCCUGAAGAAGCUCAAGCACCAAAUGGUCGAGAACAUGUCCACUUCGACGGCGGAUGCUCUGGGACUGUCCAGGGCGAUCCUGUGUAAUGACAGUUUGGUGAGGAAGCUCGAAGAGUUGGAACGCACCGAGUUCAUGUACAAAGGGUUGGUGGACCACACGAAACGCGUCCUCCGAGGCUACUUUGAUCUCCUCAUGAUUUGCAAAGAUUUUGGGGACAUCUUUUGCACUAUCGGGGUUCGAGAGCCACAAAAAACGGCGAAUGAGGCGUUCUGCGAGUUUGGGGAAUACCACCGACAAAUGGAGAAGUACGGCAUCAAAAUGCUCAAAGCCACCAAACCGAUCCUCCAAGACUUGGGCACCUACAUCACGAAAGCCAUUCCCGACACGAAGUUGACCAUCAAGAGGUACGCGGACGUCAAGUUCGAGUAUCUGUCCUACUGUCUGAAAGUGAAAGAAAUGGACGACGAGGAUGUGUCGUACGCGUCCCUGGGUGAGCCCCUGUAUCGAGUGGAAACCGGCAAUUACGAGUAUCGCCUGGUUCUCCGGUGUCGCUCGGAUGCGAGGAAACGCUUCGCCAAACUUCGAUCGGAUGUCUUGGUCAAACUCGAGCUCUUGGACAACAAGCACGUUCAAGAUAUCGUGUUCCAACUUCGCCGUCUUAUGAGCGGCCUCACCACUUUCCACCAAGAAUGCGCUCAUCUCAUGAAGGAUGCCAAACUUUUUCCAAUUGAAGUGGACUUGACACGCAACGCCUUUCAAUAUCAAUCCACCAAUCAAAUCAUCCGGGAUGAGGAGAAUGAUUUGGAUAACGAAGGCGACGAGGAGUCAGAAAGGGAAAGACGGAACCAGACACAGCAGCCCCACAUCGAAUUAGCUCAGGAAGCUUUAAUGAACGAGAACGAACUUGGAAAUUCAAUGAACAAUCUGGACCUGCUGAGCCUUCAAGAUUCCCAAGCACCCUUUCUCUUGGAGAGCAAUCAAAACGGCGAGGCCGCAGAUCAGUCCCAUCCAGCCUUAACGCCUACCUCUUCCGCGUUGUUAACAACCAACGAAUCCUCCUGGCUUUCUCAAACCCAGCAGAGCGUGCAUCAGAAUCGCGAUUUAUUGGACUUUUAAGUUCGGAUCAACUCUAUGGCAUGAAAUAUAUGAUUUAAUGAUUUCUCAUUCACCUCGA